AUGUCUCAAAAAUGGAAUGAAAAUGAAACAAAGGUAGACAAAGAUAUCCAGAAUGAAAGUAAAUAUGUAUAUGAAAAAGAAGGUUGGUUAGUUAAUAUGCAACCAUCCUCAUCAAAAGACAAAGAAUUAGGAAUCGAUAAAUCAUCUUUGGAAUUAUUUUUUAUUCAAGACGAUGCAAGUUCCUUUAGAGCUUGGAUACCAUAUAAUCCAUAUUUUUAUAUUUAUGUUAAAGAAGGACAUCAAAACGAAGUAGAAUCAUAUUUAAAAAAGACAUAUGAAAAAAAGAUAGCAGGUAUAGAUAUUUUAGAGAAAGAGGAUUUGGAUUUAGAGAAUCAUUUAUCUGGGUUAAAGAAAAAGUAUUUAAAAAUUAGAUUUCACAAUGUUCAAACUUUAAUGGCAAUUAGAAAUGAUAUUUUUCCAAUAAUUAAAAAAAAUAAACAAAAGACAAAUACAUCAGAGGCAUAUGAAGAUGAAACCUUAUCUAGUAUUUUGAGCAGUUUAAAUAGCAAUAAUAAUAAUAAUAAUAAUAAUAAUAAUAAUAACUAUGGAAAUUCAAAAAAUAAAAAUAAAUCAAAACAUUCCAAUAAAAUGCCAACAGAAUAUAUUUUAGAUAUUAGAGAAUAUGAUGUACCCUAUUAUGUUAGAGCUGCUAUCGAUUUAAAUAUACGUGUUGGACUUUGGUAUACUGUUUCAAAGAGUAGCCAGUCGAGUCCACCCAUUGUUACCGAAAUCCCAAAUCGUCCAUAUAGACCGGAUCCAAAAGUUUUGGCCUAUGAUAUCGAAACUACCAAAUUACCUUUAAAAUUCCCAGAUUCUUCAAUUGAUUCAAUUAUGAUGAUAUCAUAUAUGUUAGAUAGACAAGGUUAUUUAAUUGUAAAUAGAGAAAUUGUUAGUGAGGACAUUAAAGAUUUCGAAUAUACACCAAAACCGGAAUACUAUGGCCCAUUUACGGUGUUUAAUGAACCUAAUGAAAAAGCAGUAAUAGAAAAAUUUUUUAGUCAUAUUAAAGAAGAAAAACCACAUAUUUUUGUAUCAUACAAUGGUGAUAUGUUUGAUUGGCCUUUUGUAGAAGCGAGAGCAGUUCAUCAUGGUAUUGAUAUGCUCAGAGAAAUAGGGUUUAGAUGUGACAAUGGUGAGUAUAAAAGUAAAACAAAUCCACAUAUGGAUGCAUUUUGUUGGGUAAAAAGAGAUUCAUAUCUUCCACAUGGUAGUCAUGGUUUAAAAGCUGUAACAAGAGAAAAGCUUCGUUAUGAUCCACUUGAAUUGGAUCCAGAAUUAAUGUUAAAGUCAGCACAAGAAGAUCCAGAGACUCUUGCAAAUUAUUCAGUUUCUGAUGCAGUUGCAACAUAUUAUCUCUAUAUGAAUUAUGUUCAUCCAUUCAUUUUUUCACUCUGUACAAUUAUUCCAUUAAAUCCAGAUGAUGUUUUAAGAAAAGGUUCUGGUACUCUUUGCGAAGCUCUAUUGAUGACCCAGGCAUUUAAAGCCAAUGUUAUUUUCCCAAAUAAGCAUAAAGAUGAUAUCAACAGCAUGUACAAAGGCCAUUUAAUCGAGUCAGAAACUUAUGUUGGUGGUCAUGUAGAAUGUUUAGAGUCUGGUGUAUUUAGAUCUGAUAUUCCAACUAGUUUUUCCUUAGAUCCAAACUCAAUCGAAAUUCAAAUGAAUAACGUAGAUGCAGUUUUAGAGUUUGCAUUAAAAGAAGCUAAACUCGAUAAAAGUACCAUUGGAAACUAUCAAGAAGUUAAAGAUGAUAUUAUUAAAAAAUUUAAAAAUCUUCAAGAACACCCAAAGCAACUCAGUCACCCAUUAAUCUACCAUUUAGAUGUAUCUGCUAUGUAUCCAAAUAUUAUUUUAACAAAUAAACUUCAACCAGCUGCUGUCGUUAAUGAGGAGUUUUGUGCUACAUGUGUUUAUAACAAACCAGAGAAUAAAUGUCAACGUACUCUAGAUUGGCAAUGGAGAGGUGACUAUUCACCAUCAAAUCAUUCUGAAUAUCGUUUAAUUUUACAACAAUUAGAAUCUGAAAAGUUUGGUAAUGACUCCACACCAUAUAACGAUUUGGACGAAGAACAACGUAAUACUCUUCUUAGAAAAAGAUUAAAGGAAUACUCUAAAAAAGUUUACAGAAAGACUCACAUCAUCUCUCAAGAAAUUCGUUCCGAUACCAUUUGUAUGCGUGAAAAUUCAUUUUAUGUUGAUACUGUUCGUAAUUUCCGUGAUCGUCGUUAUACAUACAAGAACCUUCAUCGUGAUGCAAAGACCAAGUAUGACAAAUCAAUGAAAGAGUCUGGUGGUGCCAAUAGUGUCGCUGUUUUAGAAGCACAAGGUGAAGUUAUCCUUUACGAAUCUUUACAAUUAGCUCAUAAAUGUAUUUUAAAUUCUUUCUAUGGUUAUGUAAUGAGAAAAGGUGCUAGAUGGUACUCUAUGCAAAUGGCAGGUAUUGUAACACACACAGGUUCAAAUAUUAUUAAAGAAGCUCGUGAAGUAGUAGAACAAAUGGGUCGUCCAUUAGAAAUCGAUACCGAUGGUAUUUGGUGUAUACUUCCAUCACAUUUCCCAGAGAAUUAUACGUUAAAAUCCGAUAAUGGUAAAAAGAUAACAUUCUCUUACAUUUGUGAAAUGUUAAAUGAAAAAGUUUCAAAAAACUUUACCAAUCAUCAAUAUCAAGAUUUCGACCCAGAAACUAAAGAAUAUACAAUUCGUGAUGAAUGUUCAAUUCUCUUUGAAUGUGAUGGUCCAUACCGUUGUAUGUUGAUCCCAACCUCAAAAGAAAAAGAUGUCAAAUUAAAGAAACGUUAUGCAGUCUUCAAUAAAGAAGGUCGUAUUUGUGAACUAAAAGGUUUUGAAAUUAAAAGACGUGGUGAAUUAAAAUUAAUUAAAGAGUUUCAAUCUCAAGUUUUUAAAGAGUUUUUAGGUGGUGACUCAUUGGAUGGUUGUUAUCAAAGUGUAGCUGCUGUUGCAAAUCGUUGGUUAGAUUUCUUGGACUCUCAUGCUGAAAACUAUGAAGAAAAAGAUCUUAUCGAACUUAUUACAGAAAGUAGUAAUAUGAGUAGAAAAUUAGAAGAGUAUGGUAGCCAGAAAAGUUCAGCUAUUAGCACUGCAAAGAAAUUAGCAGAGUUCCUCGGUGAUGAAAUGGUCAAAGAUAAAGGUCUUUCCUGUCAAUACAUCAUUAGUAAUAAACCAACAGGUGCUGCCAUUACCGAGCGUGCCAUUCCAGUUGCAAUUUUCGAUGCUGAUUAUGAAACUCGUUGUUAUUACCUCAGAAAAUGGAUUAAAAGUGGAAGCAGUAAUGAUUUAGAAAUUCGUGAACUCAUUGAUUGGGACUACUAUAGACAAAGACUUUCAGGUGUAAUUCAAAAAAUUAUUACAAUUCCAGCUGCUCUUCAAAAUGUUUCAAAUCCAGUUCCAAGAGUUACUCAUCCAGAUUGGAUCUUAAAAGAGAUUAGAAAAAAUGAAGAUGGAAGACAACAAACAUCAAUUACUUCAUUUUUUGAACCUUCAUCAAAUAGUAAUAAUAAUGACAAUGAUGAUCAAGAUCAACCAGGUGAAAUUCAAGAUAUUGAAAAUAUGUUUUCUUCAAGAUUUAAAAAUCUACCACCAGUACAACCAAAAGUUACAAAACAUAAGCGUAUCAAUCAAAACUCAAUUAUUAGCUCGUUAAAAAAAGCAAAUUCAAGAUCACAUUUAUUUAAUAAUCAAGAAGAAGAAGAAAGAAUACUAAAAGAAAAGACCCCAUCUUAUGAAAAAGAUUUUGAAGGUUGGUUAGAAUCUUCAAAAAAGAAAUGGCGUGUUCAACAUCAAGUUCAAGUCUAUUUAAUAAGCCAAUCAGAUUUAAUUAAAAGAGGUGUUUGGAAUAUUAUUUCAAUUGAACCUGUUCCAAAUCAAAAUGGACUUUAUCAAUUUUGGUCAUUAAUCGAUGAUCAAAUUAUACCAAUUAAAGUUUCAAUUGAUAGAGUUUUCUAUUUGAAUAGUAUCGAUAAGAAUCCACAUCCAUUAGCUAAAGAAGAACCAAAUGUUGUACCACCACGUUCGAAACCAAAGAUUAAUCUUUUCUCCCUUUCAAUGUCCGAAGAAACAUUCUUGCAAGAAUCUAGAGAAUUAAAUACUCUUUUUACAAAUCCAAUGAUCGAAGGUGUUUAUGAAACCAAAGUACCAUUAGAUGUUAAAGCUAUUAUUGAAGUUGGUUGUAUUGCGUCACUCUCACGUUCAAGUCCAUUUUUCACAAAGAUUGUUAAUAGCAAUACCCAUUUCUCAUUAAAUGAUAUCAGUAGAAAACAAGAAAAACAAUUCUCCUAUUUAUCAGAACAAAAUUUCAAUCAACUGUUUCUUUACGAAAACACUAGAGAUGGAAAAGAUGGUUAUUUUGCACUCUACAAUAUGAAUACUAAUCAAUGCUCGAUCGUUUUCUCUAAUCCAUAUGCUGGUACCAAAAUUGAUCAAAGAGUUUUAAACAACAUAAAAGAUAAAUUACCAAAUAUCCAAUUUACUCUUCAACAAAAGAACUCAAUGGUCAAUGCCAGAAAAGAAAUUUCCAAUCUUUUACUUGAAUAUCAACGUAAAGGUCCAACUAUUAUUUGCUUACAAUCUGCCUCACCUUCCAAUAUUAUUGAACAAAUCACCAUUCUCAAAGAGUUCCCACGUGUACCUAUAGUAUUCCACGAAGAAGAUUCUAAAUACUCACCAUUCAAUUGGGAGGUACAUGCAUUAAAACCAUUAGUAGUUCGUCUAUCAGAUAUCCCACAACUCUGGGUUUACUAUGCCAAUAUGUCACGUUAUUCAAAUAUUCCAAUUGGUAAUUUACCUGCUGAUUGUUACUCAUUCAUUAGCGAUGUUUUAUUCUCUCGUUCAUUAAAAGAUCACAGCCAUUUACUUUGGAUGUCUGAUUCAAAUUUCCCAGAUCUUGGUGGCUCCGAAGAAGAUGAUGCUAAAUUCUAUGAAGAACUUAAUAGUGUAGAAAUUAAUCAUACUGAUUGUUACAAUCAAGUCUGUGUCGAAUUAGAUAUUUCAAGUUUAGCCACAAACACCAUUUUAGAAUCAUUACAUUUGGCCGAAAUCGAAGGUAUUCUAGGUAGUGAAAUCGGUGACGAAGCAGCUAUUUCAAUUUUCGAAAAGUCUAACGCUAAAGAUAAUGGUAACUCUGAUUCCAAUGACGGUUUUGAUAAAUAUUCAAUUGCCAAUAGAUCAGCUAUUAAUCACCAAAUUAGUGGUUGUGAAAAAGAAUUUAACAUUCUUAGAAAUAUGGUCUCUAAAUGGAAACUUGAUUUGGUAUCUGGUAGUAGUAGCCAAAAGAAUUCGAUCUGCUCAAAAUAUUCUGAACAACUUUUACUUCACUUUUACCGUUGGAUUAGCUCACCAUAUUCCAAACUUUAUGACCCAAUUAUCUUCCGUACCCUUCACCAACUUAUGAAAAAAGUAUUUAUUCAAUUAAUUUUCGAAUUUAAAAAAUUAGGUUCAAAAAUUAUCUAUGCCAAUUUUAACAAGAUUAUAAUUUGUACCUCCAAAGAAUCAAUUGAAGAUGCUCAAACCUAUUGCAACUUUAUUCUCUCAGUUAUUAAAAAGAAAGAAUUAUUCUCAUGGAUCGGCUUCAAGGCUUCAAACUAUUGGUAUAAUUUAUUGUGGAUGAAUAAUACAAAUUUCUCUGGUAUCCUAUAUAAGUUUGAUCAAGAUGAUAGUGAUAUCGAAGAUAAUCAAGAAACCAGCGACAAACUCCUCAAAAUUAAAAAUGGUGAAAUUAAAAUCAAUUGGAAUAUUUCUGAAUUUUUACCACCUCAAAUUCAGAAUUCAUUUAUUGUUAUUAUUUCAGAUUUCAUAUUUAGACUCUAUAAUUCUAAAAUUUUAAUUAAAAAACAAUAUCAACAACAACAACUCUCACAAUCUCAAGAUUCUGUAAAUAGUGAUAUUUCAUUAAACUCAAAUGGUGAAUUUAUUAGACCAAAUCUUCGUGACAGCUCAACUUGUGAUAGUCUAUCAUCCUCAACAUCAUCACAACAACCACCAACAUUAUUAUCACUAAAUAUCAAUAACAGAUUUAAUUUAUUAGUUGAUAGUAACCGUAUUUACACAAUGUUACAGAGUUUCCAACAAAACUAUAACCUUUUAGAAUUUCCAAUUUUACCAGGUAGCCAUCUCGAAUUAACCAAUCCACCACUAGAGUUUAUCAAAUUUGUUUGUCAUGUACUCUCAAUUGAUAAAUCAAUAGCAUCAAAAGUUCAACGUUUAAGAAAGAAUUUAAUGAAAAUGAUUAAUGUUAGAGAAUUUUCUGAAGAAGCUCAGUUCAACGACCCAUGCAUUUCUUUCACACUCCCAGAUGUUAUUUGUUCAUCUUGCCACUCUUGUAGAGAUAUCGAUCUUCUUAGAAAUAGAAAUACUACCGAUUCAAUUGAUGAUGAUAAUGGUGUAUCAGUUAAUAAUGACAAUGAACUAUCCUGUACUCAAUGUAAAAGUAAAUAUUGUAAAAAUACAAUCGAAAGUCAACUUGUAGAAAUUAUUCAAAGACGUUCAUUAUCUUAUCAGCUUCAAGACUUAAAAUGUUCUAAAUGCCACGAUAUUAAAUCCGAUAAUUUAUCUGAAAUUUGCGCACAAUGCUCCGGAAAUUGGGAAUGCACUCAAAAUAAUAAUCAAUUUUUAACAGAUUUAAUUAUCUUUAAAAACAUUGCUAAAUUUUUUAAUUUCGAAUGGUUAGACGAAACAGUUACAAAACUUCAAUCAAUUUAAAAUUAAUUAUUAAAUUAAAUUAAUUACUCAUUAUUAUUACAAAAUGUAAAAAUAAAAAUUAUAAUAAAAUU